AAAGUUUGAUUGAGAGAUCACACCACCACUGAAGGUUCUGCCAGGACGUUGCGUCUAAUUUGGCUAUUUUAACGAACAUUACUAAACUGGUUUCUGCUCGUUUUAUUUUUAUUUAUUUUUUUGCUUUAUAGUUUUUAUGAUAUCGAGCCGGACUGGUUGGUUGUUCAACAACAGGCUGAAAGUAACGGCAGGCAUGAGGAUUGCACAUCUUUCUCUGGAAAUGCAUCAGUUCCGCUGGGCUGCCUCGUGACUCCAGCAGCGACCGAGAGGUGGAGGAGGAGGAGGAAGGAGAGGACAAUAUAUGAUCCUCUGAAGCGCUUAUGCACGCCUGGAUCUGGAGGACCAGAGGACCAGCUGUACGGGGAGUUGCUGAAAUGAGAUGAGGCUCAGACAUGGAACUGUUGCCACUGCGAUUGUUUUCUUCACAUCGUUUCUCAGUCUGUCCUGGUACACGGCUUGGCAAAAUGGCAAAGAAAAGCUGGUAGCCUAUCAGAGGGAGUUUCAUGCCCUGAGGGAGCGUCUGCGCGUGGCAGAGCACCGAACCCUUCAGCGCUCCUCUGAGCUCAACGCCAUCCUCGAGCAGUUCAGACGUGCCAUCGCAGAGACCAACGGCAGCAAAGAUGCUCUCGCCAACUUCUCAGAUGAGACGCAGAAGUUGUUAAAAGAUUUGGCUCACAAGAAGCCCCUCCAGGUGCCAAAUAUCUAUCACCAUCUUCCUCACUUGCUCAACAAUGAAGGCAGUCUGCACCCCGCCGUACUGGUGGGCCAGGGACGUACCGGAGUUUCCAUGGUGAUGGGCAUCCCCACGGUGAAGCGGAAAGUAAAGUCAUACCUGUCAGAGACGCUUCAUUCACUCAUCGAUAAACUCUCGGCGGAGGAGAAGCUCGACUGCGUCAUCAUAGUGUUCGUGGGAGAGACGGACGUAGAUUAUGUAAACAGUGUGGUUGCAGGCCUUGAAAAAGAGUUCUACACUGAACUGAAUUCUGGGUUACUGGAGGUCAUUUCUCCCCCAGCCAGCUACUAUCCAGACCUCAACAACUUGAAAGAGACCUUUGGUGACUCGAAGGAGAGGGUGAAAUGGAGGACCAAGCAAAAUUUGGACUAUUCCUUUCUAAUGAUGUAUGCCGUCAACAAAGGGGUCUAUUAUGUCCAGUUAGAGGAUGACAUCGUCGCCAAGCCAAACUAUUUUGCCACCAUGAAAAACUUUGCCCUUCAACUCGCCACUGAGGACUGGAUGAUCCUUGAGUUUUCACAGCUGGGCUUCAUUGGUAAAAUGUUCCAAGCCCCAGAUCUAAAUCUCAUUGUGGAGUUUAUCUUCAUGUUUUAUAAGGAGAAACCCAUCGAUUGGCUGCUAGAUCACAUACUCUGGGUCAAAGUAUGCAACCCAGAGAAAGAUGCCAAACACUGUGAGAGACAGAAGUCGAGUCUGCGCAUUCGUUUCAGACCCUCUUUGUUUCAGCAUGUAGGCCUACACUCCUCCCUUGCUGGGAAAAUCCAGAAACUCACGGAUAAAGACUUCCUGAAACCUCUAUUGCAUAAGAUUCACGUGAACCCACCGGCAGAGGUGUCCACCUCUCUUAAAGUGUAUCAAGGCCACACGCUUGAGAAGACCUACAUGGGCGAGGAUUUCUUCUGGGCCAUUACUCCAAUGGCUGGAGACUAUGUCUUGUUCAAGUUUGAUCGUCCUGUCAACAUAGAAAGGUUCCUUUUUCGCAGUGGAAACCAGGAGCACCCGGGAGACAAAAUCGAGAACACUACUGUCGAGAUCCUGCCCUUUUCGGACGCUGAGGUGAAGACCAAAGAGAAAUAUAAACGGACAGAAGAUCGGUUCUAUAAACUUGCUCAGUUUGAGAAAGGAUUGGCAGAGGGGACGGUUGAGCCCGCCUUUAACCCUGUGGUGGCUGUGCGUCUGACGGUCCAGAAAGACUCCGCCGUGUGGGCGAUUGUGAGCGAGAUCCAUAUCAAGAGGAUUCCUGGAUAACUACCUGAAUGUGUCCAGUGGUUGAGACCCUCUGGUCAUCUAGACAAGGACAUGCUGUUCGCAUCUACAGCGCUUCAAGAGUGACCGUGACAUUAUAUUAGAGCACGUGGAGUAACCCUUGCUCUUAAACUUUACUUUUUCCUUACUUUUUUUGUCAUUUCGUCUUCCUCUGGUACCUUCACCACUCUCUCUUCUCAUCUACUUGGCUUUCCCUUCUGUCGUCAGACUUUGUUUUUUUUCCCUUUUACUAUUGCCUGAAUUCUGUUGCGUGAAUGUGACUACUACUGUACAGAAAAAGACACUUUUUGACAGAAUGUUUCCAGACACUGAAUUUGUGUCGUGAAGAAUUGCAAUCAUUGCUGUCAUGAAGGAUUCAAGUUCAGGAUUCAAGGCUGCACCCAAUGCUGGAGAAAAUGUCCCCUACUGAUGAAGAAUGUCCUCAGCGCUCUGCCGUCAUAGGCUGUAACUGACCUCAAACCCUGGGUCAGGUGACCACGCCUGGAAGAUGAACAAGUAGGGCGACAGAAACGUCAACUUUUUAUUUUAUUUACGUAUUUAUAUAGUUUUUAUAGGUUUUUUGUUUCAGGAUGUUGAUGUUUCAGGCCCUCUGUUAAGAACAUUUUGAAAAAAAAACUGUUUAUUAUUUUAUUGACUACUUUGCCAAAAUCUAAAAACAUAUUUCUUAAAACGAACAGCAUAUCUUAGGCCUCUACCUGGUCAACACGAGUGGAUUUUCCUCUGUCAUUUUAUUGUCAACCAAUCAAUCGUGGCUUUCAAUCGGAAAGUUUUUUUAAAUGGCUGUUGAUGUUCUUGUUGUUAUUAUUAUGACGAUCUAUGAAGGUGAAUUAAUUUAUUUGAAAUAAAUCUUUAAUUUCUACAAGAAGUAAAUGUUUUUAUAUUCAUUGGAAAUUUAUGACGUGGCUUGAAGUCGAGUGAAGAUGGUUGAUGUUUGUAUCUUUGUGUAGUUCAGAAGGGUGCAGGGCCGCCCACCUCUGUGCCUUAACAUCCAGCGUCCCUUGAGGGCCUGGUAAAGGACUGCCUUGCACCCUGCCAAAACGCUUAAAUCAUACAAUAGGACAAUUUGUUAUAUGCUUGAUUUAAGUGGGAUGUUUUACGUUUAGAGCAUGAAUCGUUCAUGUUUAUGUUCCAGAUUCUUUCGUGUUUUCAUUUGUUCAUUGAGCAUUUUCAAUUUCAUUUCAAAUAAUCUGCUUUCAGUCGGAAAAUGUUCUUCUUUUUAUGCUGUGUCUGGAUGUUCAGUGAGUCAUGAUUAAGUCCAGAUGGAAUCUGCAGAUUUUUUUUUUUUUUUUUUCUGUGUGGUAAAAUGUGAUUAAUGAAGCUGAGGGUAUUAAAAGUAUAAUAUAUGGAGUCCCUUAAAGGACAUGGUGAUUGGAAAAAUGAGAUUGUAUUUCAAAGCGUGGAAAAACUAUUUUCAAGUCUUUUGCAAGCAAACGCAAAGGAGAGAACAUCAUAUGAAGUGGGAGAACAAAAUAUAUUUCAAUGCUUUUUUCCGAGCAAAUAAAAAGUUUUUCAGGGGAACACAAUACUUUUAUGAGGGAACUCAAAAAAAAAAAAGUUUCUCGGGGGACUGUAAUAUUUUUGAAAUAUAAUUUCAAACAAACGCAAUAAGCAUUGAAGCAUAAAUUUGACCUCCCGUCGCAUAUUUAUUCCCAUCACCAUGUCCGCUUGAGGGCUCCGUAACUAUCCAAUAAUCCACGACAUGUAAAAGCGUGUAGAACUUUCAGUGGAGUUCUGCAUGUGCAGAUUCUGUGUGGGCCUGGUCUGAAGCAAAAUAUUACCAGAACCAUAGACUUAUAAUGGAAAUUGAAUGGAGCAGCUACAUUUCGGUAGUAUUAUGUGUGCUGGUUCUUAUUUAUUUUGCGUGUAACUCCUGGCAUAGUAGAGACUUGGUUUUGAAUUAACUGCUGUACAGAUUUCCAAAGUGCUCUCAUCUCAUGUGAUUGUAUAUAUCUUUAAUAAUAUAGAAGUUUUAGUUCAGCCUGGCAUAAUGUAUCAUUGUAGAAUCCUUGAUGCUUCAAGUUUCAGAGCAUAUCCUUUUUAGUUACAUACACCCUCCUUUUUGUGACUACUUGGAGCUGCUUGUGAAUUGCAGUACUUGAGAAAUGUGUGUUUUGUAAUAGAAAUCCAAUGUACCGUCAUAGCAUUUGUUUACAGUUAGUUCAUGAUCUCUCCUGAGAGGAGAGACUGAGGUAGAUCCUUGAUCUAAUAUGGAGCUCUGUAUCACCCUUCUUUACAUGCUCAUGUGACACAAUGCUCAAGUGAAAACACAAGUGAAUUUCAGUGUUUUGCCAUAUUGUUGCCUUUUAGUUUUUCAAUUGCUGCAGAUUUGCUUCAGUGAUCCGUUUCCACACCUGUUAUUGCACUGAAAGAUGGAUUUGUCAUGAGGCGUUUCUGGGAUGUCCAUCUUGAAAUCCACCCUUCAGUCAUGCAUUGAGAUGAAUCAGACAUGAAACAUGCUCCUCGUGUAUGGUGCAUUGUAGACUUUCAUGUGCCUUCAUCUGUCUUUCUCCAGCUCUGACAUUGAUUUGAAUAAACUCUUCCAAAAUGAA